AGUUCGAGCUCGGUAAUAAAAAUGGGUGCCCUAUUUCCAAUAACUUCAAAGCAAAGAAUCGAUCCUGAAGUGGCUUUCCAAUAUGCUGUUCAUAGGGUAAAUAAUGACAAAAGUCUUCUCCCUGAUCUGAAUCUCAUACAUAAUAUUCAGUACAUCGGUAAGGACUCAUUUCAGACCGUUCAAAAAGUUUGCAAUCUUAUUGAAUAUGGUGUUCAGGCUAUAUUUAGUCCAGCGGAUUCCUUGUUGGCCACACACAUUAAUUCAAUAUGCGAUGAUCUGGAUAUACCAGAUAUAGGCAUUGGAAGAUCAGCUCAAGAAUUUUCUAUAAAUGUUCAUCCAUCGCAACAAUAUAUAAAUCAAGCUUUCAUUGAUGUCAUUCGAUAUUUAAAUUGGACAAGGUUUGGUAUUUUAUAUGAAAAGGACCACGGAAUACUAAUAUUAAAUCAAUUUUCGCGGUCAAUUCAAGCAGAGCUGCAUAUCCGACAAGUAUCGUCUGGUUCGUACUUGACUGUCCUUAACGAAUUUAAAAGCAAUGAAAUUCAUAACAUUCUUAUUGACACGAACUCCGCUGGAAUUUCAAUUUUAUUGAAAAAUGUAACUUAUUUUUUUUAUAUAGUUGUUAUAUCGUAUAUAC